AUGAGAGAGAGCUCUCCCGUCAACGUAAUAAAACCAUCUAAACAAGCAGCAGUAGCUAUGUCGCGGGUCCGCUGCUUCUUCUCCGGCGCCUUUCCGUGCCUGGGGAGUGCGGCCCUUGCUUCUAAACACCCUGCUUUUGUCUUCAGGUGUAAUGCGGUCUGGGGCCCAGGGACUCCCAGGACGACAACCCCCAAGGUCUCUGGAAUGCUGGAAGUGGUUGGACCAGAUGAUGGAUUUAUUCUAGAAGCCUGCUUGACAAUGUCAAGGCAGAACUGUUUAGAAAGGACAGAUGCCAUAAAGGACCAAAAGAAUGGACAAAAUGGCAGAUUACAUGUGUUUGGUCCAAAAGAAGAAGUGAUUAUUGAACCAAUUCAAACAAUGCCACGGCCGCAUGGAUUUGGACCAGAAUCUACAAACAAAGUUUAUACCCCAACAAAACAAAUCUCAUUAUGUGCAGCUAAAUCAACUUUUGGAAAAUGGGACGCUUCUGCAAAAACUAUAAAAAAGAAAAAUUCAUCUAGGAUUCAAGAGACUAAUUUAAGAUCACCCCAGUACAUACAAGAAACUACAGAUGAUAAAGAAAAAAAUUCCAGAAAUGUAGAAAAGCCAGCAAAUAAUGAACUCAGCACUGAAUUUCAGACAAAUAGUAUUGAGGACCAUAAUAUUGAUGAGCAGCUGUCAGAAACUACAGAUGACGAUGAAAGCAGCAAUGAAAAUAGUGAAAAUGAAGAUAGAAAAAUAAAUGCACCAAUAGAGUUGCUGGGAGAGUUCCUGAAAGCAAUUAUGGAUCAAGACUACAGUCUCUCAAAAAAACUUUGUCAGAUGAUUCUAAUCUAUGAACCAGAAAAUACUGAGGCCAAGCAGUUUCUUCCACUUCUUGAAGAAAAGUUGCUGAUGGAAAGUACACAGAAUUUUGGUGAUGAAGAGGGUGAAGAAACGGAUGAAGGAAGCAGUGAAGACAGUGAAGAGGAUACUAGCAGUUCAGAUAGCGGUGAUGAUGAAGGAGAAGAAAGUUCUGAUGAUUCUGAUGAAAACGUAUAGCAGUUUGGUAAUUCUGCUAUACUCCCUAUAGGUUGAUUAUUUUGAUUCUUCUGUACAGUCACUUUUUAAACACCAUAUUAAAAUGCACUGUUUAAUCAUUAUAACUUUUCUCCCUCUUAAACUGCUACAUUCUUUUGCAUAUAGAUUGCCUCCCCACUCACACACAGCCCACCAUACCAGUGGUUCUCAACCAAGGGUACAUGUACCCCCGGGAGUACACAGAGGUCUUCCAGGGGGUACAUCAACUC